AUGGGUCGUAGCGUUGGACGCGAGGUCAUCUCGAUCCAUGUCGGCCAAGCGGGCGUUCAGAUGGGCAACGCGUGCUGGGAGCUGUACUGCCUGGAGCACGGUCUGGCCCCGGAUGGGAGGGCCUGGGAUGAGAGUGGACCUGACGACGACUCCUUCAACACGUUCUUCUCGGAAACGCACUCCGGAAAACAUGUCCCGAGAGCAAUUAUGAUCGAUUUGGAACCGACACCAAUCGAUGAAAUUCGCACCGGGACCUAUCGUCACCUAUUCCACCCCGAACAAAUGAUUACUGGGAAAGAGGACGCGGCGAAUAAUUAUGCUAGAGGCCACUAUACGAUCGGCAAAGAAAUUAUUGACGUAUGUAUGGAAAGAGUAAGGCGUCUGGUAGAACGCUGCAAGGGCCUUCAGGGUUUUCUCGUGUUCCACUCUUUCGGCGGAGGUACCGGAUCCGGAUUCACGGCCCUGUUAAUGGAGCGCCUAUCAGUGGAUUAUGGAAAGAAGAGCAAGCUAGAAUUUUGUAUCUACCCUGCUCCUCAAGUAUCCACAGCCAUGGUAGAACCCUACAACUCAAUCCUAACAACGCACACCACUCUUGAACAUUCCGAUUGUUCUUUUAUGGUUGAUAACGAAGCCAUUUAUGAUAUAUGCAAACGCAAUCUGGACAUGCAACGACCAACCUAUACGAAUUUAAACAGGCUUAUUGCUCAGGUAAUCAGCUCUGUCACAGCCUCACUGCGUUUCGAUGGUGCGCUGAAUGUGGACUUGACGGAAUUUCAGACAAAUCUCGUACCCUACCCAAGGAUUCAUUUCCCUUUGACGACCUACGCUCCGAUUUUGUCGGCGGAAAAGGCUUUUCAUGAACAAAUGACGGUAGCCGAAAUCACACAGCAAUGCUUCGAGCCGGGCGCCCAGAUGGUAAAGUGCGAUCCGAGGCAUGGAAAAUAUAUG